UUUGCAAAUAUAAUAAAUGUGGGUCCACUUUCAAAUUAAUUGGUACUACGUCGACCACAAAAACUCCAUAGUUUUAUUGCGUGUGACUAGCUACUUAUUAGUACAUCUUCGCUUAAAUAUGAUGUACAUCUAGAUUCAAUUAUUUAUAUUUGCAUCCAAACAUGGCAGAAGCUCCAUCUACAAACACAACUCUAAGAUUAUCGGGCAAAAUUGCUAUUGUAACCGGAGGUGCUAGUGGCAUCGGCGAAGCCACGGCGCGUGUCUUUGCAAAUGAAGGUGCGCGUGUGGUUGUGAUCGCCGACAUCCAAGAUGAGAUGGGCAGUCAAGUAGCUAAGUCAAUUGGCAACCAAAGGUGUAUCUACAUCCAUUGUGAUGUGACAGACGAAGAUCAAGUUCAAAAUCUCAUUCAAUCAACGGUCAAUUCUUAUGGGCAGGUAGAUAUUAUGUUCAGUAAUGCUGGAAUCAUUAGUCCAACCAACCAAACAGUGAUGGAACUUGAUAUGUCCCAACUCGACCGUUUAUUUGAUGUCAAUGUUCGUGGAAUGGCAUUGUGUGUGAAACACGCAGCUCGUGCAAUGGUGGACGGUUGUGUGAGGGGGAGCAUAGUGUGCACAGGGAGUGUUGGUGGCAGCGAGGGAAGCUCAAGGUCAACAGAUUACACAAUGUCAAAACAUGCUGUGUUGGGACUAAUGCGCGCGGCCAGUGUGCAACUUGCAACACACGGGAUAAGAGUGAACUCUGUCUCGCCAAGUGGACUGGCGACACCUUUGACUUGUAAGUUGUUGGGGAUGAGUAAGGAGAAUGCACAAGAGAAUUAUCGAAAAUACUCAAGGCUUGAAGGAGUGGUGCUCACGCCCAAACACGUGGCAGAUGCUGUUUUGUUUUUAGUUUCUAAUGAGGCGGAGUUUAUCACCGGACUUGAUCUUAGGGUUGAUGGUGGAUUUGCUAAGUUAUAACUAAAUCCAAUUGCUAUUGGAUUUUUUUUUAGAAUUAAUUAAGAUUGUUUGUCCUAUUCUCAAUAUCAUCGAUUUAGUCUUUAAAUGUAGAAGUGUAAGAAGUAAAGAUAAAAAGAGAUAUUAUCAAUUUGUGUCUAUAUGAAAUUUUUUCUAGGAUAAUAUUUGAUUCAGGUGAACCAUUGUUUAGCUAAUUUUACCAUUGGACAUCCAAAUUAAUAUGGAUGCCUGACAACUCCCUUAACAAUCCUGGUAGAUCUAAGUUUUGUGGUAUUAUUAUGAGCAUGAUUACUAUGUUUCUCAGGCUUCA